UCCAUUCGUCAGCAGCACUGGAAACUGCUUAGUGAAGUGAAGUGAGCAAAAAUGAUGACUCGAAAAAUUUUCUGCUUCACUCUAAUAUUAUAUUCCAUCGUUAUUUCUCGAGUUGAAUCUUCGCUUCUACUCGGACAAAGAGGGGCCAUAUGUCAUAAGGAAGUGCCUUACUCCGCAACUAGACAUCGUUAUUACACAGAUUUUGACUGGUCAUAUUGUGAUUUCUCCGAUUAUGACCACUAUUCCGAAUACUGCCCGAGGCGUGUAAGAAAAUUGACAGUUGAGACUUACACCGCGUACAGAACGGAGAAAGUUUGCUGUACGGGUUAUACGAAUAACAACGGUCUCUGUACGCCGAUAUGUAAUACAAAAUGCACCAAUGGUUAUUGUGCAAGUCCGGACACCUGCAAAUGCGAUCGUGGCUACGAGCUGCUGGACAAGACAUGUAUUCCGAUUUGCGAAAAGCCUUGCGUGCAUGGAAAGUGCGUUCGUCCGAAUAUCUGCAAUUGUGAUUCCGGCUAUGCAUUGAAGACAGACGGAUAUACGUGCGAGCCAAAGUGUUCCUCUGGAUGCGAAAAUGGAUGGUGUGAGAAGCCAAACAUCUGCGCGUGCCAUCUCGGCUACGACAGGACCAAUGACAACAAGUGUGUACCAGUAUGCAAAAACAAUUGCAUCAACGGACGAUGCGUGCGCCCAGAUGUCUGUGCUUGCAACAAUGGCUAUCAGCGGUCCCAGAAUGAUUCCUUCCUCUGUGAACCAAAGUGCAGUAAGACCUGCGCUUUUGGGAAAUGUACUUCACCUGAAACGUGCACCUGUGAUGAUGGCUAUGAACUAAACGCGGACGGACACACGUGUGACCCAGUAUGCUCUUCCGCUUGUGAACAUGGAUGGUGUCAAGCACCAAAUAUAUGUGGAUGUCAUCCUGGUUACGAAAGAAACGAAGAAAAUGAAUGUUUGCCAGUGUGUAGUAAGGAUUGUGUCAAUGGGUACUGCAUAAGUCCGAAUAUCUGCGCCUGCAACAGCGGUUUCGAGCUCUCGGAAACCGACACGUUUAUCUGUGAUCCGGAGUGCAGUGAGCCUUGCAUGUUUGGAACUUGCACCGCGCCUGAGAUAUGCACGUGCAAUGAAGGCUAUAAAUUAGGUUCAAAUAUUUCCACGUGUGAACCUGUAUGUCUAUCGUCUUGUGACCACGGUUGGUGUCUUGAGCCAAACGUAUGCGGAUGCGAUACUGGCUACGAGAGAAGUGAAGAUAACGAAUGCCUUCCAGUGUGCAGGCAAUCUUGCAAGAACGGGAAAUGCAUCGAGCCCGAUAUCUGCGCCUGCGACGAUGGAUUCGAAAUAUUUCAGAACGACACUUUCACCUGCGAACCUAGAUGCAGUGAGCCUUGCAAGUUUGGAGUUUGCACAGCCCCAGAAGUUUGCACCUGCCAUAAUGGUUACCGAUUGGACGCAGAUAAUUACACUUGCGAACCAGUGUGUACCGCACCUUGUGAGAACGGAUACUGUGCUCAGCCUGACGUGUGCGGGUGUAACUUUGGCUACCGGAUGUCUGACACGAAGAAAUGUGAUCCGGUCUGCGAAAGACCAUGCCUAAACGGAACGUGCGCUGGUCCCGAUAUCUGUGCCUGUGACGAAGGCUUUCAGCCAUCCCAAGACGACGACUUCACUUGUGAUCCUGUCUGCAACAACUGCGUCAACGGAACUUGCGUUGCACCGAACGAGUGUGCAUGCGAUGAUGAUUUUGUCAAUGACAGGUCGGACAUCGGAACAUGCAUCCCUAUUUGCGACCCGAAAUGCAUUCACGGUGUGUGUGUUGUUGAGGGUUGCAACUGUUCUUACGGUUGGAAAGGAGAUUCCUGUGAUCAGCCGUUGUUAUGCAUCCUUAAUGAGCCCCGUUCAGCCACUUCUACUGAGGUGAUCAGCAAUACUGACAAUGAAUUUCCUGAGUUUGGCUGGAACGAUUACGUGACUAAAAACUUUACAAUAAAAUGGAACUGGCCCGUAUGCAGCUCAGAAUGUCUUGACCAACUCAACACAACAAUCGUCAACUUUACGCAGUUUUCUGCUGACGCGAUCCAUCAUUUUAUCCCUAUUGAUACCCCGUGCAACAUCGUGACGGGACACAUAUUACUGGACUCCGCUAAAAAAAACGCAACGCUAAUAAUCACCGGAUCAGGGAUCGGGUUGUUCUUGAUUAUCAUACUUGUUGGUUACAUCGUGAUGCGAAGGAUGAAGAGGAGAAGUCAUAUAAAUGGUGAACCAUCACUACACCACUUCAAGACCUUCCAGAACAACGAAUACUAGUUAUAAUCGUUACUUUAAAGUCUUUUAUUUUUAUACAUAGGUACUUCAAAUAUCUAUCUAAAAACCGUGUAAAUGCUCAAAUUUAUUUAUAAUUAUGAAUAUGUUCAAGUUGAUAUUGUUAGUAACUUACAUUACGCAACACGCGGAGUUUUUCUUUCGAGAAGCAAAUCCAUCCCCAACCAGUUCUGUUUGUACGUUUCUUCAAAUCUUUCUCUAUAUUUUUAAACCGAUCUCGGUAAAUCCACGAAGUUGGCUUUUUCAGGUAAAAUAAAGUAAGUUUU